UUGAGUAACCAAUAGCGUUCCAAAUUAAACAACUGAAAUAAUCAAAAUUCAGUAACGAAGUUAUUCUGCUACUAAAAAACGAAUAGCUUCUGCCACCACUUUCUUCUAUUUGUGUUUGUCAAGUCCUUUCGCUGGUAACGUUUUCUUUUUGAAGGGCAAGAAUGAUUACCGAAACCUCAGCCAAGUCACAGAAAAAGAUUCAGGAAUCAGAUGCUGUUGCAAAUCACCUGGAUCACGAAACAAGCGAGGCAACAUCAGAAAGUGAUUUGAGUAACUUUUCGGUGCAACUCUGCUGUAGUUCAUCCGCCGAUGUGGCCGACCUGUUUGAAACGGCUGGGACGACAGCCAGCUUCCAGCUAGAAGUCAUCGAGACAGCAACAAAGGAUCUUGCCAGAAAAAUAAAGAAUGAGACUAAGAACCAUUGCGCGAAGAUAAAGGAAAUGGGUAUGGAUGAAAUAAUAAAUAAGAGAAGACCCUCGUCGGAAGUUUUGAAAGAAUGCUCUCAAAUGAUAACUGAAACCAUUCAAAGUAUGGAGGAACAGUUGCAUUUCUUGAUUGAUUGUAAAAAGUCAAACAUGCGACUCGUUAAAGACUAUGUGUUGAAGGAUAUAGCUGACUCUGUAGAAAAAUCAUUGGAACCAGAAGAAAAGAUGCUUUUCGACCAUAAGAAUGCGGGAGUUGCAGCCACCGUGUGCCGUAAAUCUGUAAUGACUAUACACUUAUUUUUAGAAUGCUUUUUCGUAUUUGGUGCAUAUGUUUAUGCAUGUAAAAAAUCUAUUAUACCUUUCUAUUUCUGAUUCAACUUUAGUUCUAUAGUUUAAUUUUUCUGAUUGUAAAUUCUUUUCGAGAUUUGGCAUUAAAUUUGUUUGCAAAUCAA